AUGGGUAACAGAAUUUCUUCGAACAAAUCUAACAAGAAUAAAAAUAACAAAAACUAUAAUGAAUUUGGAAGUAUUGGCAGGAAUAGUAGUAUCAACGAUGAAUCAUUCAAAUAUGUUAACGGAAGAAGAUAUUUAAAGGAUAGUAACAAAUAUAUGCUACCAAAUGAUGAUGAAGAGGUUGAUAGGUUACAAUCGCAGCAUUAUUUACAUUGGCAAAUAUGGAAAUCCAAUUUUUCGUCCCCAAUUGAAACGAUCUUGAAAUUAGGUGGGGUUGAGGUUCUUGAUGUCGGUUGUGGUUCAGGAUUGUGGUCAUUGGAGAUGGCAGCACUCUACCCUUUAUCCAACUUCACAGGGAUAGAUAUUGCGCCUCAAUAUCCAAUGGACACACAUCCCUUGAACACAACGUUUGAAUCAGUUGACAUUACACAGGGUUUACCCUAUCCGGAUCAUAGAUUCGAUUUUAUUCACGUUAAAGUUGUACUAUCCUUAAUAGCUGAAAAACAUAUGAAAUUGAUAUUCAGUGAAUUAAUGAGAGUUUUAAAACCCGGUGGAUGGUUAGAAAUUAUGGAUUAUUGUAAUGAUUUAAUUAAUCCUGGUCCAGCUUUUACAACUUUAUACACUGCAUUUCAGGCAUUAUGGAGUCAACGCGGCAUCAACUUUUAUUUUUGCAAUGAGUUUGACAAACUUUUACUUAAACAAGGAUUUGUCGAUGUUCACUUAGAGGAAAAGGUGACACAUUUCGGAAAGAAAGGUGGAUCUGUUGGCGAAAGAAGCGUUGAAGACUGGGAAGCCGUCUUUUUCUUAUUUCAAAAGUUGCUUUUAGAAUUUUCAUGCAUGGAUUCUGAAUCUUUCUGUAAAUUGAUAAAAGAUUUUAGAAAAGAAAUAGAUGAAUAUGAAUCCUCAUUUAAAUUAUUCAGAUUCUUUGGACGAAAACCUCAAACAAAAUUCCUUUUAUAA